AUGGGGCGCCGGGCGCUCCUUCUGCUCCUGCCGCGGGUGCUGGCAGCACUGGGCGGCCUCGCGGACUCCGGGACUGAUGAAGCAAGGUGUAACAUGACAAGGCAAGCUGCAUGUGGGGACAGGUGCAUUCCCGUGGCCUGGCUCUGCGAUGGACAGCAAGAGUGCCCUGAUGGGACAGACGAGCAGUGUGAGGAAGCAUGUCGCGGACAUCCACAGGCCUGGCAGUGUGACGACGGGAAGUGUAUUUCUAGUAGCCGGCUUUGUGAUGGUACCGGGGAUUGCCUGGACGGCUCCGAUGAGGUUAACUGCGAGACUUCUGUGGUGUGCUCUGGACAGAAAAUCCAGUGUCCAGGACAGUCUCAGUGUCUCGAGCCUUGGGAACUCUGUGACGUCCCCCGGGACUGUGAAGAUGGGCUCAAUGAAGCACGCUGCUCCCCGAACCACUGCCUGGUGGGCCAGUGGCUGUGCAGGAACAAGCUGUGUGUCCCGGAGAGCUGGAGGUGCAAUGGGGUCAACGACUGCGGGGACUCCUCGGACGAGGACGCCUGUGCCUCCUGUCCAGAAGGCAUGGUGAGAUGUGAUGAAGGGAAAUGCAUCCUGGAAUCCCUGAUGUGUGACGGGGAACUUGACUGCGUAGAUGGUGCUGAUGAACCGGCUACAUGUGGGAGGAACUGCUCCGUGGCCAAUGGGGGCUGUGAGGGACAGUGCGGUGACACCGCCUGGGGAGUCCAGUGUUCGUGUGGAGCUGGGUGGCAGUUACAGCCGGACGGCCAGAGCUGUGCAGAUAUAGAUGAGUGCUCCCAGGCCUACAGUCCCUGUGGCCAGCUGUGCCGUAACAUCCCAGGCUCCUACUCCUGUGCGUGUGUUCAAGGUCACCAGCUCUACAAUGGGACCAGUUGUCGAGUUAUAGAUGAUGCUGUUAAAAUUCUUAUAGCGGCAAAGAGAGAACUUGGGGUCCUGGAUCGGAGAACAGGCAUCUAUGAGCCUCUGGUUCCUGUAAACUCGAGGCCGACUUCUGUCGCCUAUGAUCUCGACAGAAGCAUGUACUUUUGGGUGGAUGAAGUCUUACACGUGUUUGUCUUUGGGAAGCCAAACCCAGUUCCUCUCUAUCCAGAACUUCAGGCCGUGGACAGUAUCUCUUUGGACUGGCUCACGGGGCUGCUGUAUUGGGCUAGCAGCUUCACGAGGGUCAUCGGUGCUGGCUUGAGUGAUGGCAGAGGCUACGUCAAAAUCUUGGAGAAGGAUCUGGUGCCAGAGCAGCUCAUCGUGUUUCCCCCGAAGAAGUCAUUGUAUUGGGUAAAUCGUGGUAAGAAAGGCACGAGAACUCUCGAGGCUGCAGGGAUGGACGGCUCGGAUCGGAAGGUGCUCGCAGCUGUCCACAUGGAGGACCCCGUGGCUGGCCGCCUCUACUGGAUCAGCAAGUAUAAAGAGUCCAUAGAGACGAUCAACGUGGAUGGCAGUGGGAGGCACACCUUUCCUGAGAUCUUCUUGGAAGACGACAACCCAAUAGGACUAGCUAUAUUCGAGAACUCCUUCUUCUGGGCAAAUAAAAUACAUCUGUAUCACACUUCACCCCACACCCCCAAGGAGAGAGUGGUGUUGCUCAAUGCUUCCAUAUCUGCUUUCUCCAUCCUCCACAAAUCCCAGCAGCCCAAGGGCAUACCCCCAGCAUGUGCUCCAGGCUCAUGCAGCCACCUCUGUCUCCUGUCCCCCAUCCAUCCCAAGGGCUAUAAAUGUGUUUGUCCAGAGGGAAUGUUCCUUUUGCCUUCCGGUACAUGUAGCGAGUUAAAGAUAGUAUUUUCGUCUGGCAAACGUCUCUACUUAUUGAAAGUUGGUUUUAUGGGAACUGCUAUAGAGAGAACCCUAGUUCAAGAGCAUCCUAGAAACAUCUAUUUACUGGAUAUUGAUUGGAAAAGAAACCUCGUCUACUGGACAAAUGCCGAGGGACAGCUGUUCUGCUCAGCUGGCUAUUCAGGAGAAAAGCAAGAGAUUUGGACAGAGCACACAGUCUGCUCAGCAAAGGUGGACAUAUCCACGGGGAACUUGUACUGGCUGCCGUGUGACCGACGUGCUAUCCAGAAGACUGGACUCCCCGGCCCAGACACCCGGACCCUCUACACGACAGGCCGCAUUAUACUGCAUCUUCUUCUUGACUGGCCAGAGAGACUGCUCUACUGGGUGGAGAGUGGGAAACACUUGCAAAGCAUGACCCUCGAUGGCAAAACCAGAUGGCAAGUCUGGACGGGCACCUGGACAGCAGACACCCACAUGACCUUGGACCUCGGCGCGUCUAGCAUCCUCUGGACAGCCAAAGGGUCAGGUUUGCAAAGUCUGAGUCUCCUAAAAAAUAGAACAUACACUUUGAACAAGACCUGGAGUGACGGCAUUCUUGCAGCUCACGAGCCCUACCUGGUGACCGUGCACAGGGGAACCCUCCUGCUGUGGGACAGGAGGACACUGGAGCCCUUCGCCGUGUCAAAAGAGCCGUAUGUGAGGACAAUGAUCAUCCUGGCUGAGAACCAGCAAGUCCCAGAUCCUGAGCUCGAAGGAGUGGCUGCAGAUGGUCCUCUUGUGCUUCCUCUUACACCCCCGUUGCUCUGUACCCCGUCUUCUGUCCCCUGUCGGAACGGGGAGGAAUGCGUUUCUCGGGAGUACCUCUGCGAUGGCAAGCCGGACUGUCAGGACGGCUCGGACGAAGGGGACUGUGCCCGGUUCUGCAGCAGACCAGGGCUCUUCCAGUGUCUGAACAGAAACCAGUGCGUCGAGGAGACGUUCCGCUGUGAUGGGGCUCAGCAGUGCUCCGAUGGGUCUGACGAGCUGGGCUGCUCGAAGCCCGCUGAAGAAUGUUCUCUGCGUUGUGACAACGACACCCUCUGUGUCCCCAAGAGCUGGCUGUGUGACGGCCACCCCGACUGUUCUGACAGGAGCGAUGAACAAGGAUGUGUUCAGGCGAAGUGCAGCGCCUUUGAAUUUCAAUGCGAGAACGGCCAAUGCAUCUCGCACUUUCUGCACUGCGACAGGAACCGAGACUGCCUGGACCACUCGGAUGAGGAUGGCUGCUCUGGGGCCUGGCCGCUGCAGUGUCCGUCGGGGGAGGUGAAGUGCCGGGGCAGCGGAGAGUGCGUGCCCGUGGCGUGGCUCUGUGACCGUGACUUCGACUGUGAAGAUGGGACUGACGAAAAGGACUGUGAACCCGAGAAGCUUCGCUGUGGCUCCAGGCAGUGGUCCUGUGCCGGUGGAGACCAAUGUGUGCCUGACGUGUGGCGCUGUGACGGGCAGAGAGAUUGUGAGGAUGGCAGCGACGAGGCUGGGUGCCGCCCCGAGAAGUGCCCGAGCUCUGAGUUCCAGUGCCGCUCCCUCGGCUGCCUCGACCUCCGCCUGCUGUGUGACGGGAAGGAGGACUGUGCGGACGGCUCCGAUGAAGGUGGGAUGUGCCUGUCGUCAGCAUGCAGCGGGGCGCGGUGUUCCCACACCUGCUACCGGUCCCCGCACGGGCCUGUAUGUGCUUGUGAGCAAGGCUUCGAGCUGGGGAGCAGUGGCCGGGUCUGCAAGGAUGUGGACGAGUGCCAGAAGCCGGGUGGUCAGCCUUGCAGUCAGACCUGUGUCAACACUCAGGGCUCCUACCGCUGCACCUGUCACCCUGGCUACUCACUGGAGCCUGAUGGCCACACCUGUAAAGCAGCAGGUACCGAACCCAUCCUGCUGGUGGCGAUUCAGUUCAACCUCCUCCUCUACGGCUUGAGGAGCUUGAAGGAGGACAUUCUGACGACUGUGGACAAGAACGUGAUGAUCUUCUCCAUUGACUAUGACUUAGUGGGGCAGAAGGUCUUCUGGAUGGAUCCCGGUGCCGAAAGCAUUAAGUGGAUUAGUAUGGACACAAAGAGGAAAGGGACCGUGGUGAAGGGGAUGAAGUCAGACUGUGUGGCGGUCGACUGGAUUGGGAGGAACCUCUACUGGGUGGAUGGGACAGCAGGCCAGAUUUCGGCCAUUCAGCUGACGGCUGUGUGGAGAGGAAGAUGCGAGCACACGAUUGUCCUGGGCGAUGACUUGGCUCAGCCACGGUCUUUGGCUUUAGAUCCGCUAAAUGGGUUAAUGUACUGGUCUGAAAUCGGAGGAGAACCUCAAAUAGAACAAGCGGGGAUGGACGGUAGUGGCAGGAAAGUCCUCAUCAGUCAAGGUCUUGGCUUGCCAACCAGCAUAGCUCUCGACCGGUUGAGCUGGAAGAUAUUCUGGUCUGAUGACAAAUUUCACUGUAUUGGCUCUGCUAAUCUGGAUGGUACUGGUGUUAGCAUGUUGCAGCUAACACAAAUCAGGAGCCCCUUUUCGGUCGUUGUGUUUGAAGAUGAAGUCUUCUGGUCUGAGAUGAAGACGAGAACAAUACAGCGCGUGAAGAAGACAACAGGCAAGAACAGGGUUGUUCUCAUCAAGCGUUCCCAGCAGCCUCAUGGACUCAAGAUAAUGCACGAAGUACUCCAGCCCAAGGCUCCUAAUCCCUGUCUGGACGCCCGCUGUUCUCACUUGUGCCUUCUGAGCCCGCGAUCCAAGGCAAGCUGUCGUUGCCCAGUUGGCCUCCUGCUCGCGGACGACGGCACCACCUGCAUUCCGCUCGAGGAUUCUGCAUUUCUGUUCCUCGCGUUGCCCACAGCUAUCAUGCAGAUUUAUCUGAAAAAUCUAGAAGCUUUACUAGGACGACCAACUUUACCAGAACAUAGGAUACUUCCCUUUACCGAUGUGAACCAGCUUGCAUCCCUGGAUUACAUAGUCCAGGAAAAGGCUCUCUACCUUUCAGAGUUGGAUAAUGGUGAUAUCAGGCUACUGAGGCUCAAAGAAUCUGGAAAACUCUCUUGGAGGAAAAUCCUAAUGGUGGAGGGAACAGUCACCGACUUUGCUGUGGACUGGUUGAGUGGAAACAUAUAUUGGAUUGACAGUGAGAAUCCUCACAUCAAUGUAGCUUCCUCAAAAGGCCAGUAUCCCACUGUGCUGGUCAGUGAAAAUCUCUACCGGCCAGCCUCGGUUGUGCUCCACCCGCCCUCUGCAGUCAUGUGCUUUGCGGACCUGGGUGCCCAGGACGAUGGCGGGCGUGGGUCCAGCAUUGAAUGUGCCUCCAUGGACGGCCGCAGGAGGAAGGUGCUGUGGCAGAAAUCCCAGGUCCCUGCGGGCCUGACCUUGUCAGAUUCGGGAACCCGAGUUUACUGGGCUGAUACUGGGCGAGGCCUCAUAGAGAGUAUUCAACAAGAUGGCUCUGGGUACAGAGUAGACCGCAGAGGCAUUGAGGGCCUUACCCUCUUUACCAUUGGACAAGGCGUGAUGUUCUGGAUGACAACUGAUGAUGCACAAAUCACUAAAGUUUGGUACGGCAAGGCAGAACUUUCAGAAGACCAGUGGUUCCAAAUAGAUCAGAAGAUUGUGGAUUUAAAAGUUUACAGUAAACUUAGUCAACAGGGUAGUAACAGCUGCUCCAAAGACAACGGAGGGUGCAGCCACAUGUGUCUACCAAACCCUGAAGGAGCGACGUGUAAAUGCCCCAGUGGGCACUACUUGGCUAACGAAAGCAAAUGUGUUGAAGCUGUCCCGUGCUCUGAGCCGUCCCGGGCCUGUGAGGAUGGUCGGGAGUGCAUUUCCAUGGAGCAAGUUUGUGACGGUCAUGCUGACUGUCUGGAUGGAUCUGAUGAGAUGCGCUGUACGUAUCCAGAUAAAACCCAUUCAACACCAACAUCUAAAAAUGCAGAGGCUGGAAAAAGGUUGACUCCAGAAGCUUCCCUACCUUUCCAAGCUCCCAAGUCCACCAAGUCUAGAUAUCCGGGUCCAGAGGGGAUGAGUUAUCCUGUCAGAAAAACACUAAUCCCUCCAGUUUCUGCUAGAGAAAGCAAGAACUCAGACACCAAGGAAAAAGGCAAGCUUGUCCAGCCCAAGAACUUACAGAGAGCAAAACAUCUACCCUGUAGCACAGAUUUCUGUAGCGGGAGGGGAAUCUGUACAAUGGUAGGCCUGCUGAGAAAGUGCCGCUGUCCGAUGGAAUAUGGUGGAGAGUUCUGUGAAGAGCCAGCACGUGGACCUGCCCCUGGCUACAUCGCCCUCAGCUUAACCAUUGUCUUAGCAGUCGCACUAGUCGCUCUGGGAGCAUUUGUCUGUUCCAGAAGAGACCACAAAUUCAAAAGAAAUAGUGCAGCAGCAUCAAGAAAUUCGACCCGCCAUAAAGACAAUACCCAAGAGGAGGAGAAUCUAAUGAACAGUGAGACUUUUGUCAACGAGGCCUAUGAUGAGCAGGAAACCAAUGGGGGAGAGAUCAUUGAUGUUGGGAGCGAUGCACCAGGUUCCUACUAUUUUAACUGCUGGAAGGCUUUUGAAAUCCAGAGAAACCAGGAACUAGAACAUGGAGUUUGUUGCUAUCAUUUACCAGAUUUACAGAUCAGUCUGUUUCCUCAGCCUUCACUGUUCACAUUUACUUCUCUCCUCUCAGUCUCAUCUAAUUCUUAA